GUGAUUGGCCUGAAAAGAGAGUAGUAAAAAGAAGCACGAAUAUCCUCACUGUCCCUAAAGCCAAAAGAAGUUGACAGACUGAUAUACAAUGGUGAAGAGAUACCUCUAAAUCCACUUUUCUAAAUCCAAAUAAAAACCUCUUUUUACUCUCUCUCUGUCACUCUCAUAUCCAGAGUUUAUAUCCUUUUCUUUUUUACUUUGCAUUUAAACCCCCUCAAUUUUUCAUUCAUUGUUACAGUCCAAGAUCCACCCUUCUGAUAACAGUAUCUCAUUAUGCCUACAAGAUCCUGUACUUUGAAUAUUUGAUAGGGGCUGCUGUGGUUGGUUUGCUUUUUGUUCAAACUCUUAAAGAUGCUACUACUGCAAAAUUUGGGUACUAAAGUUAAACUAGUAAUUCAGAGCUAUGAAGAAAAUCUGUUUCUUGGUUUCUUUAUUUCUUCUUCUAAGGCCUAAAGCUUGGAUCUUUUAGUGAAUAUCAAGAUCCAAAAGUUGGUUGGUCACUGGUGUUCACUUUACUGAGAAGAAAACAAAGCCUGAAAAUUUUUAAGUUGGUGUGAAAGGAAAUGUAUGUUAUGUUAUUAGAGAAAAUUGGGUUCUUCAGUUCUUUUUUUUUUUUUGGUAAUGGUGAAAGAUAAGUAGUGGAGUAUUUUUUUUAGUUUAUUGGGAAGCUCUGAAAUCGAAAGAUAUACAAGUUUGUCUAGUGCUUAACGCUGAAGAUAUAGUAGUGCCGUUUCAGUUUGGUAACUGGUUUCUUGUACGCUUUUAGUAUUGCCAAGAAAAGGUCACACUUCCAAACAUUCUCAUUUUGUUCAGAGCCCCCCCCCCAAAAAAGGAAAGAAUAAUAAUGCUAAAGAAGGUUCAAGUUCUUGAAUUGUUGUGAAGAUACAAAGGGAAGAAGAAGUUUCAAGUUUGUUGAGAACUGUUCAUUUUGAAGGGUAUUUUAUUAGACUGUACUAAGAUUUAAAAGCAAAAUGGCUACCUGCAAGGAUGGUAAUAAGUCAGUGUUGGAUAAUGGAAAGUAUGUCCGGUAUACACCUGAGCAGGUUGAAGCACUUGAAAGGCUUUAUCAUGAUUGUCCUAAACCUAGUUCAAUGCGCCGUCAGCAACUUAUCCGAGAAUGUCCUAUUCUCUCCAACAUUGAACCUAAACAAAUCAAAGUUUGGUUUCAGAAUCGAAGAUGCAGGGAGAAACAGAGGAAAGAGGCCUCACGGCUUCAAAAUGUGAAUAGGAAGCUGACGGCGAUGAACAAGCUAUUAAUGGAAGAGAAUGACAGACUACAGAAGCAAGUCUCUCAACUGGUGUAUGAAAAUGGCUACUUUCGUAGGCAAACUACACCGCUUGCUACAAAAGAUACUAGUUGUGAAUCGGUGGUGACGAGUGGUCAACACCAAUUGACAUCUCAGCAUCCUCCAAGGGAUGCUAGUCCUGCAGGGCUUUUGUCCAUUGCAGAAGAAACUUUAACAGAGUUUCUUUCAAAGGCUACUGGAACUGCUGUUGAGUGGGUCCAAAUGCCUGGAAUGAAGCCUGGUCCGGAUUCCAUUGGAAUCAUUGCUAUUUCUCAUGGUUGCACUGGCGUGGCAGCGAGAGCUUGUGGCCUGGUUGGUCUAGAGCCAACGAGGGUCUCCGAAAUCCUUAAGGAUCGACCUUCGUGGUUUCGUGACUGCCGGGUUGUUGAUGUUCUCAAUGUGCUGCCUACUGCCAAUGGUGGAACCAUUGAACUUCUUUACAUGCAGCUUUAUGCACCGACGACGUUGGCCCCUGCCCGUGACUUCUGGCUCUUACGGUAUACAACUGUAAUGGAUGAUGGCAGUCUCGUGGUAUGUGAAAGGUCACUUGGAAAUACUCAAAAUGGUCCGAGUAUGCCACCAGUUCAGAAUUUUGUGAGAGCAGAAAUCUUACCUAGUGGAUACUUGAUUAGACCUUGUGAGGGGGGUGGUUCAAUUAUCCACAUUGUUGAUCAUAUGAAUUUAGAGGCAUGGAGUGUGCCAGAAGUGUUACGUCCACUUUAUGAAUCAUCAGCAGUGCUAGCUCAAAAGAUGACAGUGGCGGCACUACGCUACCUGAGGCAGAUUGCACAGGAGGUUACCCAGACUAAUGUCACUAACUGGGGAAGACGACCAGCAGCUUUGCGCGCAUUAAGCCAGAGGCUGAGCAGAGGCUUCAAUGAGGCUCUUAAUGGUUUAGCUGAUGAGGGCUGGUCAAUGCUCGAUAGCGAUGGAAUGGAUGAUGUUACCAUCCUUGUGAACUCUUCUCCUAAUAAAUUGAUGGGCUUAAACCUUUCUUUUGCAAAUGGAUUUUCAUCGAUGAGCAAUGCGGUUAUGUGUGCAAAAGCAUCGAUGCUUCUACAGAAUGUGCCUCCUGCUAUACUUCUCAGGUUUCUGCGGGAACAUCGAUCUGAAUGGGCAGACAACAAUAUAGAUGCUUAUGCUGCUGCAGCCAUUAAAGUUGGUCCCUGCAGCCUACCUGGGGCUCGAGUUGGUAACUUUGGGGGUCAAGUGAUACUUCCACUUGCACAUACUGUUGAGCAUGAAGAGUUGCUGGAGGUUAUUAAGUUGGAAGGCCAUUCUCCUGAGGAUGCUAUAAUGCCAAGAGAUAUGUUUCUAUUGCAACUAUGCGGUGGAAUGGAUGAAAAUGCUGUUGGAACCUGCGCCGAACUCAUAUUUGCUCCUAUUGAUGCAUCGUUUGCUGAUGAUGCACCAUUGCUUCCGUCUGGAUUCUGCAUUAUUUCUCUCGAAUCUGGAAAGGAAGCCUCCAGUCCAAAUCGCACCCUUGAUCUUACUUCUGCUCUUGAGACUGGGUCAGCGGAGAACAAAGCGGCCAAUGACCUUCACGCUAGUGGUGGCACGUCAAGAUCUGUCAUGACAAUUGCUUUUCAAUUUGCUUUUGAAAGCCACAUGCAAGAGAGUGUUGCUUCAAUGGCUCGACAGUAUGUCCGAAGCAUUAUUUCAUCUGUUCAGAGGGUUGCAUUAGCACUUUCACCCUCUCACUUGGGUUCCCAUGGAGGUCUUCGUCUGCCACUGGGGACUCCUGAAGCACAUACUUUAGCUCGUUGGAUCUGCCAAAGUUAUAGGUGCUUUUUGGGCGUGGAGCUUCUGAAAUCAAAUAUUGAAGGAAGUGAAUCAAUCCUCAAAAGCCUAUGGCAUCUCUCAGAUGCUAUUAUCUGCUGCUCUGCUAAGGCUUUGCCAGUUUUCACAUUUGCAAAUCAGGCUGGUCUUGACAUGCUUGAGACAACCUUGGUCGCGCUUCAAGAUAUUACCUUGGAGAAAAUAUUUGAUGAUCAUGGAAAGAAGAACCUCUGCACCGAGUUCCCACAGAUAAUGCAACAGGGUUUUGCAUGUCUACAAGGGGGAAUUUGCUUGUCAAGCAUGAGCAGGCCUAUUUCUUAUGAGAGAGCAGUGGCGUGGAAAGUUAUGAAUGAAGAAGAUACUGCUCAUUGUAUCUGUUUCAUGUUUGUCAACUGGUCGUUUGUUUAAGUUAUUUUGUUUAGGUCUGUUUUAAAGGGAUCAGUAAACUCUAACUAAGAACCUACCCUUUAAGUAUACCCCCCUUUAAUUAGAACCAUUUUGAACUAGUUGUGUUUGUGAAACUUGUUUAUCAUGCUAUCCUUGCUACUCAGUAACUUUAUGCUAUAUAUGUCAGUUGAAGCCUUGAGUUUAAA